AUGCUGGAAGUCACUGAGCGCAUACGCUCACUGUACGAGCAGGGACUCCCAUUCUUCAAGAAGAGUGUGUUUCAAGAUCUCGUCCGCCAGCUUGACAACUGCCGCGCCAAUGAUCCGCCAGUCGAAGGUCAAAUAAUCUCUAUUCCAGCAGUUGAUGGGUCAGUCGUCGAAGUUGAGUUAGAGACUGGACUUGUUAUGCACCAUAUAGAUAAGGAGACCGAGUUAGUUGUAAUGGACCCAUAUCUAGACUACCGGACGUUUCAGCAUUUGACCAUCCAUGACGACCCUCUCUACUUCUCUCCACAUCUGGCUUACUGUCCAACACGCCUUAUUUACCCACUAAGAUCGCGUCGCAGCUCUACCAAGGAGAUCCUGGACCCCUGGAAGCCUCAAGCGUUAGAAGAAGUACAGGACGGCUUGGAUGCUGGGAUCAAAAUGUGGGAAGACAGCAAAGAUUGCAGGCAGCUCCAGUCACUAUUUAGAGCUGCAUCAGUGCCUAGCAUCAGCAAGGUUGUUGCGUUUGGCUGUUCAACAAUGGCGUUCAAAGUCGAUCAGAGAGGAACAUCAAUCACCCAGCAUGCCUUGAUUCUAACGAUGAGGGAUAUUGUCAAGCAGAUGACGAAAAGUCCAGAUAAGCCUGGGAUCCAAUGUUUUGCCCAGGAUCCAAUAUACACGGAGGUGGACAAGGAAGUGCUCAGAAGGAGCGGCAUAACAGUACUAGAAGACCCAAGAGCAUUCUUGGAGGUCGAUGACGAGACCGUCGUCGUAUCGUUCGCCCCGGACAUUCCCGUCCGACAGAUAAUCGCAGACAUCGCUCGGCCGGCUGUCCUGAUAUGGAACACUGUGUGGGAUGAAGACGAGGCCACUGCUUUCUGGCACGCAUUACAUCCAUCGUUCAACCCAGGAUGCGCUAACCGACUAACCCUGGCUAGCACCGAUCCCGAGUCGUCCCGCCUGAUCGAUAUGAUUCGAGAUCACUAUAGUGAACUCACCACUCUUGAGCCGAAGGAGAGAUUUACGGGUGCCACUGUAUAUAUCAGGCGUGACUGA